GGAGGCAUGUAGCCGUAUUUGUAUUUUAAUUUGUGGUAUCACCCCUAUAGACUUUUUAUUCAUAGAUGGAACAUCACUGGUUCGCCGGUAGUAAACAAGUGGUACGGUCACAAAUUCUCAUCGAACUUUUAAAACUCAACAUGCGUUAUAUACGAAAUUCAUGCAAUUCAUGCGCAUGUGUGUAUAGUAAUCAGUAAUCACGAUUCACGAGAUUACAUAUUACAUGCUGAUAUUUGAUAACAUUGCCAUGGCGCUAACGAAGGUAUCGUGGAGACAAACCGGUGGAUUUCAAAUGUUUGAUCAAAAGCCAAAAUCUAUACUACUAUUAUUGUUUAUUAAACGCCAAUAAAUUAUUAUCGAGUGUUUGAGUGGUCGUCUCUUUCCACACAUUUUACGAAAAGUUUGUGAAUGCCGAUUGCCAAAUGAUGGGUGAUUAUACUGUCGUGUGCGAUAAAAGUUUCAAACUCCUACAGAGCGAAAAUAGGAAGGUUCGAAAAGAAAACUUGGAUAAACUAUUAACGGUCGUGCAUGACGAAAACUUUGAGGAGUCUCCGGAAUUUAUGCAGGCCGUAAAAACAUUUGUAUACCCGUGCUUGAACGAUGGAUCAGAAGCGUGUCGCGAAUCUGCCGUACAAUUAGUCAGGACUCUGGUGUGUGAUGGGUGCGUCGAAGAAAUCGCACCGAUUGUCUUUGUCAUACACAAGCGUAUGGGCAACAUAUCAAUGUUAGAAAGCUCAGAAGAAGUAAAACUAUUGUACAUACAGUUGUUGAGGGAUAUUAUAAAAAACUAUGAGCAGUUGAUUUUUCCAUGUUUGGAUGAUAUUGUCAGCAUUUUAACAAAAAGCAUAUUGGACUCAUGUCCUGCAGUGAAGAAAAACAGUUGUUUGUGUGCAGCAGAACUUGCCAGUGCUACUAACACACGUUUUCAUAUGGUGGCUGAAUUGCUUGUUGAACCUCUUUUAAAAGCUACAAAUUAUCAUCAAUCGGCCGUUAGAUAUACCGCAAUUCAGUCCCUGAAUUAUGUCAUUAUGUACAGUAAUGGAAAACAGGUUCCAGAAGUAUGCUCUUCUAUCAGUAAUAGACUUUUUGAUCAAAAUGUAGGUGUGCGAUUAGCUCUAUGUCGUGUUGUAUCUAAUUGGAUGUUAAACUUGCCUGAUAGAUAUUCAUAUUUCCCAAAACUCAUUCCUUUUAUUUUAACAGCUCAAGUUGAUGAUCAUCUACCAAACCGCGAAGAAGCUGAACGUCUUUGGGAUGAAAUUGGAAACCAGUAUAUUAAUGAGAAUGAAGUACAGCUCAAGGAAAAAUUAGAUUUUUUACCAGAUCACUUAAAUCAUUAUCCCCCUAAUGUUAAAAGACCAAAUUUGGGAUGUCGUACGUUAGUUACUCGAGAAGUAUUAAAAUUACUCCCAGUUAUAAUACGGGAACUAGAUGAUUGGAAAGAAGAUAUUAGUAUUAAAUCAGGCCAAUUGUUAUGUGUCGUUGCAUUGAAUGCAGAGAAUUCUGUUAUACAACAUUUAAAUCAAUUACUAACUGCCAUGACUAAAUGUUGUCGUCAACCAGAUCAUGUUGCAUCAAAUCACGUUCGAAGAGCUGCUGAAAUUAUGAGUUACUUCAUAUCUCCUAGUACUUAUUUGAAAUUUUUAUUGAGUGAUAUUGAGCCACAUGUCGGUCAUUUGAUAAUUUUAUCAGGACUAUUAAAAAAUGUCAAAUCAAUUGAAUUAUCUACACAUGUGAAAUCAAUCAUUACUUUCUUGGAAAAACCAGAAAUAUGUGAAGUAUAUGAUCCUCUAUUCAAAAAAUAUUUACUUCAAGUUAUUGAGUAUGUGUUAGUUGCUUGUGAAUCAGAAUGUCAAGAAUUUUCUUAUGAAUUGUUUAAAAUUUACAUUACUGUACAAAGUACAACUUUGGAUCAAUUUGACGACAAUUUUAUAUUUAAAAAAUUAAUCAAUAUGUGUGAACCAAAAACAAAGGAACAACUUUUUAAGACACAUGGUGAAAGAUUGCUAAAUGAACUUAAUGAUAGUUGUGAUUCAUGGGUUGUGCAUUCACCUGGAAGAGAAGUUCUAGACAAGAUUGCAUUAGAUGCUGAAUAUGUAAUUUUAAGCUGUUAUGAAAUAUAUCGACAGAUUCUUACAAAAACAUUAUACAAUCUUGAUAAAGAUCCAAAAUUUCUUAUGAAAAUGUUGAUCAAUAUAAAUACAUGUGUGGAUAAAGAUAUUUUCAAUGAUAAACAGCUUUGGCAAAUUCUUUCUGGUAUUAUAUUUCCUAUUCUAACGUGGAGACCUGGUAAGACAGCUGAAAGUUUACGAGCUGCUUCAUGUCUGUGCGCACAAAUUAUAAAUAAAAAGUUUACUUGUUUUGAUGAAACAAUGUUAAAUCUAAGCUUUCCAAUAUUUUUGGCUCUUGCUGAUGAUAACCACUGUAAAACUCGUGCUUAUGCAUUAGAUACUUUACAUUGUUUAAUUUGUGCUGCCAAAAGUUUAAAUAAAUUAAAUGCUGACACAAUAAACAAUGUCACUAGAGUUGCACUAGCUCGGUUGAAUGAUAACCCAGGAAAUACGCGAUUCAAAGCCAUUAAUCUGAUCAAAGCAACUUAUACCCAACCUCUUCCUAAUGAUUAUAUGGUGCAUUAUGAAGCUCAUGUGGCUCAAUUAUAUAAAACCUUGGUAAUAUUUUUAGAUGAUCAAGAUAUACAGCAAUCUAUACUAGAUUUACUAAAAGAUCUUUCCUGGAUGAAACCUGAAGUUCUGAUUAAACAUAUUAAUGUGAAUGUGUUUUCACAUAAACACUUUGCUCAAAAUUUAAUGGAUUAUUUGUCUGACAAUCUAAGUCAAAUUUCACUAACCAACACUGAAUAGAAUUGUCAAUUAUUAUCUUAGUUUAUACUACAUUAUAUUUUCAUGCAUUAUAAAUUACAACUAUUUUCGUUAAUAUAUAAAUACUUUUAUUUUUGUCUUUUCCA